AUGGCGGCAGUCACUGGCAACAACAAUCAAGCCCCCGACAACUCCAAGCAAAUCGUGGACAGCGAAUAUAGUAGCAACGAAGGAAGUGACGACGGGGGCGUGGUCGAUGAAGGUGACAACGACCCCGACGAGAUGGACGUCGACGGUGGCGACAAAGACCCCGACGAAAUGGACGGCAAGGGGGCCGUCGAUGACAAUCCUCGCCCAAACAAGAAAGCCAAGUCCACGACUUACCUUACUAGACGACUGGAAAGUCUGGAUAAGAGGGUGGUGGAUGCUGCUGGAAUGUAUGCGCUGCAGUAUGAGGCUCUGGCGAAAAGCAUUCUUAUGCUUGACGCGCGCGUGACGGCGACAGCGGCGCGGGCGUACAACAUGCCGUUGUCAAACGAGUUGCAUCUGGAUGCGGAGUUUCAAGUGAUCCAGAAAAUCAUUCCGGGGCAUCCAUCUCGCCCCAGUCCCCCUGAAGGUUUCGACGAACAUGCGACAUUUGGGGUCGGUGCGGUCCCGCCACCAUCCAUUCACAUGCUCAUCGCGACUGUCCGCAGCUUGGACGGCAUCAACCACCACGACCAAUUGGACGCCAUCCACUGGUUUUACAACGACCCCCGUCUAGCCCAUGUGUCUGGCAGCACAAUCAGCCAGCGACGCAUUGCCUUGCGGUCCUUUUUGUGCCGUUGA